GUUGCCACUACUCCUCCAACACCACCAACCUCGCCGGCCGGCCGGCUGGCAGCGACACGUACGACGUACCAGGCCUUAACUUCACAUAAAAGGACAGAACAACAUCAGGAGAGAGGGAAGACCGGCCGGAGUAGCAACGUGCAUGCAGCAGCCAUGGAGCCAGCAACGGCAGCCGCAGCAGCUUGUCCUCGGUUGCUCGUGUCCCUCUUCCUCGUCCUAUCAUGCUUCGUGUCACCCGAGCUCGUCCAUGGCCAGCCCGACGCCCUCGGCUUCAUCAGCAUCGACUGCGGGAUCGCCGACGGCCCGAGCUACCCCGACGAGUCCACGCGCGGCCUGAGGUACGUCUCGGACGCCGGCUUCGUCGACGCCGGCGCGGGGGCCAACGCUGGCAUCAACCCGCCGUACAGCGACCGGGAACUGGCGGCGCGGUACCUCACCGUACGCCACUUCUCCGGUGGUGCUGCCCGCAACUGCUACACGCUCCGGGGGCUCUCGCCGGGAGGCAGGUACCUUGUCAGGUCCAGCUUCUACUACGGCAACUACGACGUGCUCAACAGGCCCCCGUCCUUCCACCUCUACCUCGGGGUCAACCGCUGGGCCGCCGUCAACGUCACCGCGGCCGAUGACAUGUACAUCUUCGAGGCCGUCGUCGUGUCCCCGGCUGAUUUCUUUCAGGUGUGCCUGGUGGAAAUAGGACAGGGUACGCCCUUCAUCUCCGGGCUUGACCUGAGGCCGCUCAGGGCGGCCAUGUACCCGGAGGCCACCGUGAACCAGUCGCUGCUCCUGCUCAACGUUCGCCGGCCGGCGGCGAGAUUCGCCUUGAACCGCUACCACUUCUGGCGGCCGGCUAGUUUCUAUAAGAUAUACAGGUACCCAUUUGACUCCUAUGACCGCAUCUGGCAGUCUUACGGCGACGUCGCUGCGUGGACCAACAUAACGACGGCGGCCGACGUCGAUGUCUCCAAGGCCAGCAGCUUCGACGCGCCGCCUGUGGUGCUGCGGAGCGCCGCCACUCCGGUGAACGGAACCCGGCUCGACUUCUCAUGGAGCCCGGACACCUCCCAGAACAAUGACAGCAGCAGCGCAGCCUACCUCCUGCUGCUCUACUUCACGGAGCUACAGCAGCUGCCGGGCAACGCGCUGAGGCGGUUCGACAUCCUCGUUGACGGCGCCUCGUGGAACGGCAGCCGGAGUUACACCCCGAAGUACCUCUCCGCAGAGGUUGUGGAACAGGUGGUGGUGCAGGGGUCAGGCCAGCACACCGUCUCGCUUGUCGCCACGCCAGAUGCCACACUCCCGCCCAUCCUGAACGCGUUCGAGAUAUACUCACUGCGGCAGAUGACUGAGCUUGCGACGAACAAUGGAGACGCCAAGGCCAUGAUGGGAAUUCGCACGACGUACAUGCUGAAGAAAAACUGGAUGGGUGAUCCUUGUGCGCCGAAAGCAUUUGCCUGGAAUGGCCUGAACUGCAGUUAUUCUUCAUCUGGUCCUGCAUGGAUAACAGCUCUAAUAUUGUCAUCUAGUUUGUUGACCGGUGCAGUUGAUCCUUCUUUCGGUGAUCUAAAAUCCCUUCAAUACCUGGACUUGUCCAAUAACAGCCUGUCUGGUCCAAUACCUGAUUUUCUGGCACAAAUGCCAUCACUUAAAUUCCUUGAUUUGUCAAGCAACAAACUCAGUGGAUCAAUUCCUGCAGCUCUAGUACGGAAGCGUCAAAAUGGAUCCCUUGUAUUAAGGAUUGGUAACAAUGCAAAUAUCUGUGACAAUGGUGCUUCUACAUGUGCUCCAAACGACAAGCAAAAGAACAGAACACUCAUCAUUGCGAUAGCCGUUCCAAUAGCUGUAGCUACUCUACUGUUUGUCGCAGCAAUUAUUAUCCUUCAUAGAAGGAGAAUUAAACAAGAUACAUGGAUGGCAAAUAGCGCAAGGCUUAAUAGCCCCAGGGACAGGGAGAGGUCGAACUUGUUUGAGAACAGACAGUUCAGCUACAAAGAGCUGAAGCUCAUCACAGCUAACUUCAAGGAAGAAAUAGGGCGAGGAGGAUUUGGUGCUGUGUUUCUAGGCUAUUUGGAGAAUGGAAGUCCAGUUGCUGUGAAGAUCCGUUCAAAAACAUCAUCUCAAGGGGACAGGGAGUUUCUAUCUGAGGCUCAACACUUGAGUCGAGUUCACCACAGGAACCUGGUUUCCUUGAUUGGUUAUUGCAAGGACAAGAAACAACUGGCCCUUGUCUAUGAAUAUAUGCAUGGUGGAGACCUAGAGGAUCGUCUAAGAGGAGAGGUGUCUGUCGCUACGCCCCUCAGUUGGCAUCGACGUCUCAAGAUUGCUCUCGACUCUGCCCAUGGAUUGGAAUAUCUACAUAGGUCCUGCCAACCGCCACUGAUCCAUAGGGAUGUGAAGACAAAGAACAUCCUGCUAUCUGCUGACCUAGAUGCAAAGAUAUCCGACUUUGGCCUGACCAAGGUGUUCGCAGAUGAGUUCAUGACCCAUAUUACUACCCAACCAGCAGGCACCCUGGGGUAUCUUGACCCUGAGUACUAUAAUACAUCCCGGCUCAGUGAGAAGAGUGACGUGUAUAGCUUUGGAGUUGUACUACUGGAGGUUAUAACCGGUCAGUCGCCGGCGGUCGCCAUUACUGACACUGAGAGCAUCCAUAUAGCACAGUGGGUGCGCCAGAAGCUCUCCGAGGGUAACAUUGAGAGCAUUGCUGACUCAAAGAUGGGAAGGGAGUGCGAUGUCAACUCAGUCUGGAAGGUUACAGAGCUGGCACUGCAGUGCAAAGAACAACCAUCACGGGAACGACCAACAAUGACAGACGUUGUGGCUGAGCUCAAGGAAUGCCUGGAGCUGGAGGUGUCUCGUGGAAUGGGUAAUUACAACUCAGUCACUAGCGGCACAAGUAAUCUCAGUGCAACAAGCGCUGACUCGCACAACGAUGCUCAAGCAAAUGAUCUGAAACAGCAAAGUGUGCUUGAGUUGGGGCAGGUUGGCGAUGCAUCGCCAACUCACAUAGGUCCGGCACCAAGAUGAGACCAAGAGUCCAAUUUUGUAUGGUUUUAGAGUCUCGGGUUUGUAUAUAAGUUUGGUAUGCAUCAGAAACUUUAGUCCUGUAUUUAUAGCAAGUAACUGAUGAGGAACUAAACUUGGAUCUCUGUGGACUAUAUUAUUAAGGCUGUGAGCUUAGUGUGAGAACUGAAUGGAAGGUAUUUCAAA